AUGCGUGGGAUCGGGAUCUUCCUGGCCGUGGCGGACUUGGUGUCUUGUCUUGCGCUAUUCUUCACUGCGGGCGCCAAGUACGAGCAGCGGUACCUGGAUCUUCUCUCACGCGACUACACGUGGGACUCUUCGCUGGUGGAUGUGCUCGGCGUUGCCCUCGUUCGAUGCGUCAUCGUUGUUGCCAUUUCCGUUCUCGCUGGUCGAGAGGCCGCCAAGGAUGGCAGCCUGCUGCCCGUGUCUCAGCCAGGUCGAUGGCUACAGCUUUCGCUUCUCGCAACCAGCGUUGUUUGCAUGUGCUAUGCCAUUGCCAAGCUAGUGUUCAUGGAGAUGGCUGGGCCAAGUGAGAUGAAGCACGCACCCUCCUAUGCCAUCGCCCAGGCCUGCGUCGCAUGCACCCUCGUCUUCAGCUUUCUCCAAGGCGUCCUCGUCGCAUACAUCCAGUCUUACAUCCGUGGACAGCGCAUGCGCCGCCUCAUCAAUGAAUCCGAGGACGACAACGGAGAGGAAUCGAAGAAAAAGCCCCGCAAGAUCAACAUGAAGCGCCUGGUAACCCUCGCCAAGCCGGAGCUCCCGCUGCUGGCGUGCGGAACAGCCAGUCUUCUCAUCUCCAGCGGCUCCCAGAUUGCAGCCCCGCUCUUCUUCGCCAAGGUGGUUGACGCUGCGUCGAACCACGAGCACGGCAUGCGGGACCUCAACCGCUCUGUGCUCAUCCUCGGCGGUGUCUAUCUCAUCGGCGCAAUCGCAGCUUUCACCCGAUCAUGGUUCUUCACGUGGGCUGGCCAGCGCCUCGUCGCCCGCGUGCGAAAGCUGGUGUUUGCGUCCAUUGUGCGCCAAGACAUUUCGUUCUUUGACAAAACGCGGACGGGCGAACUGACGAACAGACUCGCGUCCGACACCGCCGUCAUCCAAAACGCCUGCACGGUGAACAUCAGCAUGCUGCUGCGGUAUAUUGUGCAGAUUGUGGGCAGCCUCGCCCUCAUGUUUGCGCUCUCCUGGAAACUGACACUCGUCCUCCUCUCCGUCGUCCCGCCAGUCGCCAUCGGCGCAGUCUGGUACGGGUCCAAGGUGAAGAAACUCCGCAAGACAUUUCAGGACGAGCUUGCAAAAGCGUCAGCGUGUGCGGAGGAGACGAUUUCGUCGAUGCGAACGGUGCGCUCGUUCUCCAACGAAAACCGGAGCAGCAGCGAGUACAGCGGCAGCAUCAACACCAGCUAUGGCAUUGGCAAGAAGCUUGCGCUGGUGCAGGGCGGAUUUGCGGGCAUCACGGGGGCGUUUGCACAGCUCGCCAUCCUGCUGGUGCUGUGGUACGGCGGCACGCUUGUGUAUCAUGACCACAUCACGACCGGUGUGCUCUCGGGGUUUCUCCUGUACACGCUGCAGGUUGCGAUGGCCUUUGCGUUCCUGUCCUCGCUUUACGGAGACUUUAUGCAGGCGUUGGGUGCGAGUGUGCGCAUCUUUGAGCUGAUGGACCGCCAGCCCUCCAUUGGCAUUACCGGCGGUGACGCUCCGGCCCAUUUUGAUCCCGAAAUUGAAUUGCGCGGCGUGAACUUCCGCUAUCCUUCCCGCCCAGACACACUCGUCCUCGAUGACGCAUCCCUGCGCGUGCCCACGGGAUCCGUCGUUGCCCUCGUCGGACCAAGCGGUGGCGGCAAGUCGACCAUCGUGUCGCUUCUGGAGCGAUUUUACGAUCCCGAAGACGGACAGAUUCUGGUUGGUGGAAAGGACAUUCGGAGUGUGGAUCCGGCGUGGCUGCACCGGCACGUGGCGCUGGUGGGACAGGAGCCAGUCUUGUUUGCAAUGUCCAUCAAGGACAACAUCAAAUAUGGCAACGCGACGGCGACUGACGAAGAAGUGAUCGAAGCGGCAAAGCAGGCCAAUGCACAUACGUUCAUCUCCGGCUUUGAUGAGCAAUACGACACCAAAGUCGGAGAACGUGGCGUGCGCCUCUCGGGAGGACAAAAGCAGCGCAUUGCGAUUGCGCGUGCGCUGCUGAUGAACCCGCAAGUUCUUCUCCUUGACGAAGCAACAUCUGCCCUUGAUGCUGAAAGCGAGCACCUCGUUCAGGAGGCCAUUGAUCGCGCGAUGGUUGGCCGCACGGUGCUGGUCAUUGCGCAUCGCCUGUCCACCGUCCGCGAUGCCGACCAAGUCCUCGUCAUUGAGAAGGGCCGCAUUGCGGAACGGGGAACGCACGAUGAGCUCAUCGCUCUUGACGGCAUCUACCGCAAGCUUGUUGAACGACAACUCAAUGUUGCUGGCGAUGCUCCUGCCAACACGACGGAGGCAUCAAGGGAAGAAGAAAGCGCAGAAGGAGAAGGAGAAGGAGAACCGUCAGCAUCCCCUCCUAACGCUGUUGUGGAAGAAGAAGAUCAAACGACACAGAGCAGCGACGCUUAA